UUUGGUGUUCUGACUCAGCAAAAGGCCAACAAAAGGGAGGCUGGUGAAGCUUUCCUUUCUUCCAUAAUCCUGUUUGUUUUUCUGGAAGCCAGCUAUAGCCUGAGAAUCACUGACUCAAUUUUUGGAUCCCAUUCUCAUGACCAAGCGGCUGUCUGCUUUCAAACCAACCCCUUAUAAAGAGGCUGCCUGGGAUCCUGCCUCUGGGGAGCAGCUGCUGUCGUUCCUCCCACACUGGGGAGCCUGCCUGGGACACACAAUGUCCAGAGCUGCCACCAAGGUCACCUUCUACGAGGACAGGGAUUUCCUGGGCCGCUGCUACGAGUGUGACAGCGACUGCCCCGACUUCCACAGCUCCCUGAGCCGCUGCAACUCCAUCCGUGUGCAUGGCGGCACCUGGGUGGCCUACGAGAGGCCCAACUUCUCUGGGAACAUGUAUGUCCUGAGCCCUGGGGACUACCCUGACUACCAGCACUGGAUGGGCCUCAACGACCGCCUCGGCUCCUGCAGAGCCGUCCACAUCCCAAGUGGAGGCCGGGGCCACAUCCAGCUCUUUGAGAAGGGCGAUUUUGGAGGGCAGAUGUUCGAAGCCACCGAGGACUGUCCUUCAGUGAUGGAGGAGUGGCACUUGCGGGAGAUCCACUCCUGCAGGGUGCUGGAGGGCGUCUGGGUGUUCUACGAGCAUCCCAACUACCGGGGCCGGCAGUACCUGCUGCCCAAGGGCGAGUACCGGCAGCCCGUGGAGUGGGGGGCGGCCAGUCCCGCCGUCCAGUCCUUCCGCAGCAUGUCCCGCUGA